CCGCAGCAACCCCUUCAUCAUCUUCAACGGCGGCAUGCCGCGGGCCAGCUACGGCGACCGGCACUGCGUCAGCGUGCUGCAGGGCCAGACCCUCGCCACGCUGGACUUCACCUCCCGCGUCAUCGACUUCUUCACCGUGCAGAACCCCGAGGUGCCCGAGGGAGGCUUCGAGAACCCCCGUGCCCUGGUGGUGCUGGUGGAGGAGGAGCUGGUGGUGAUCGACCUGCAGACGCCGGGCUGGCCCACCAUCCCCGCCCCGUACCUGGCGCCCCUCCACUCCUCCGCCAUCACCUGCUCCUACCACAUCUCCAACGUGCCCCUCAAGCUCUGGGAGAGGAUCGUCAGCGCCGGGGAGCAGCAGAGCCCGCGCCUCUCCUCUGCGGCUUGGCCCAUCAACGGGGGGAAGAACCUGGCCCAGGAGCCCACGCAGCGAGGUCUGCUCCUCACCGGGCACGAGGACGGCACGGUGCGGUUCUGGGAUGCUUCGGGGGUGUCCCUGAAGCCUCUCUACAAGCUGGGCACCGCCGGCAUCUUCCAGACCGACUGCGAGCACAACGACAGCCUCAACCAGGCGGGCGAGGAGGAGUGGCCGCCGUUCCGCAAGGUGGGCUGCUUUGAUCCCUACAGCGACGACCCCCGCCUGGGCGUCCAGAAGAUCGCUCUGUGCAAAUACACGGCCAAGAUGGUGGUGGCUGGCACGGCCGGCCAGGUGCUGGUGAUGGAGCUGAGCGACGAGAAGUCGGAGCACGCCGUCAGCGUGGCCACGGUGGACCUGCUGCAGGACCGCGAGGGCUUCACCUGGAAGGGCCACGACCGCCUGGCGCCCCGCAACGGCCCCCUCGCCUUCGCCCCCGGCUUCCAACCCAGCGUCCUGGUGCAGUGCGUGCCCCCCGCCGCCGUCACCGCCGUCACCCUGCACUCCGAGUGGAACCUGGUGGCUUUCGGCACCAGCCACGGCUUCGGGCUCUUCGACUACCACCGGCGCAACCCGGUGCUGGCCAGGUGUACGCUGCACCCCAACGACUCGCUGGCCAUGGAGGGGCCCCUGUCCCGCGUCAAGUCCCUGAAGAAGUCCCUGCGGCAGUCCUUCCGCCGCAUCCGCAAGAGCAGGGUGUCGGGCAAGAAGAGGCUCAACCCCGGCAGCCCCUCCAGCAAGGUGCAGGAGGCCAACGCGCAGCUGGCCGAGCAGGCGGGCCCCCCCGAGGUGGAGAUGACGCCGGUGCAGAGGCGGAUCGAGCCCCGCUCGGCCGACGACUCGCUCUCCGGCGUGGUGCGGUGCCUCUACUUCGCGGACACCUUCCUCCGGGACGCCGCCCACCACGGCCCCACGAUGUGGGCAGGGACCAACUCGGGCUCGGUGUUCGCCUACGCCCUGGAGGUGCCGUCGCAGGAGAAGUUUUCGGAGCGGGCGGUGGAGGCGGUGCUGGGCAAGGAGAUCCAGCUGAUGCACCGGGCGCCCGUGGUGGCCAUCGCCGUGCUGGACGGCCGGGGGAACCCGCUGCCCGAGCCCUACGAGGUCUCGCGGGACCUGGCCAAGGCGCCCGACAUGCAGGGCAGCCACUCCAUGCUCAUCUCCUCGGAGGAGCAGUUCAAGGUCUUCACGCUGCCCAAAGUGAGCGCCAAGACCAAGUUCAAGCUGACGGCGCACGAGGGCUGCCGGGUGCGGAAGGUGGCCCUGGUGAGCCUGGCGAGCGCCGGCCCCGAGGAGCGGGUGGAGAACUGCCUGGCCUGCCUCACCAACCUGGGCGACAUCCACAUCUUCACCGUGCCCAGCCUGCGGCCCCAGGUGCACUACGGCUGCAUCCGCAAGGAGGACAUCAGCGGCAUCGCCUCCUGCGUCUUCACCAAGCACGGCCAAGGUUUCUACCUGAUUUCGCCCUCCGAGUUCGAGCGCUUCUCGCUGAGCGCCAGGAACGUGACGGAGCCGCUGUGCUGCCUGGAGGUCUCCCGGCUGCAGGACACCUCCUGCCUCAGCAACUCGACGGCGACGCCGAAGCUGCCGCAAGCCAACGGCACCCACGUCCCGCACAGCCCCGAGGCCAACCAUUCCCCCUCCGACAGCGACAGGUCCCCCGAGGAGCACCAGGCCUCCUUCUCGCCCGGCGCCGUCGACUCGCCCAACAGCAGCAUGGAGAACCCGCUGGACACCACCGGGGACAUCACGGUGGAAGAAGUGAAGGAUUUCCUGGCGUGAGUUUGGAGGGG